CAUAUAUGUAGGUAUGUAAAAGGCUAGUUAUCGUCUUGAGUGGGCGGCUAUGAAAAAGGGGCUUCGUGAAAGAUUUCUGGAAACCUAUCAAUAAUCACUACUUUACGAUGGGCAUUUAUUUAUUCAUUUAGCUAAUUCCUUAUAGUUUGGAGAGAUUAAAGGCGCCGGAGGAAUUGCUUUGAAACUUGAUAAAACUCCUCAUUCUAAAAAAAGGAGUCGGCCAUCAUUCUCGCUUCGCAUCGCGUUCCACGAUGUCGCCUCGAAUCUUACUUAUAACCAUUGCGAUAACCCAAGGACUAUUGAGUUCAAGAGAGGUCAAUAUGCAUAAUUUAAAGAAUAUCCAUUAUACCUCGUUUGUCUGUUUGAAUUCAAGUCCUGCUGUGCAAACUUGAAGGUUUCAGUUUUCCGCUUGCUUGCAUUACGAUUCAUUUGUACCACACACCUACUUUAGCAUAGCUGGUGAUACAACUGACUUGCUAGCCAUAAUGCAUCCAUGCAUACUUAGUCUGUUCAUUUUGCAAUCUUUGGUGGUUGCGUCGCCCAUAACAUCUUUUACCGUGUCACGAAGAACCGUAACCGAACUCAACCAAGCGGCCUUUGAGGAGGCCCAGCAAUCAGACAAUACAGCGACGAAGGCCUUUUCUGGAAUAAGAAUACGUACCUCUGACGGACGAUGCUUGUUUGUCGAUGAGCUCUCGGGUGAUUUUCGAGCAAAUCUCACACCAAUCCAAGUAGCCGAGUGCGAAUCCACGAGCGGGCAAGGAUGGGAUAUCAUCACAGCUGGCAAGCAUAACAAUGCUGAUGACUCAAUGCUCGUCGCUAGUACUCUGACGAACGCCUGCUUCAACUUCGAUCCACGGCGUGCAAGUGGCAGCCAAGUCAUAUUGUUUAGUUGUGGUGGACGAGCAGACGGAAGUGGCGAAGUCACCGAUUCUCAAUUGUUCCCUUUCCAUGGUGGCCGCCAGCCACUUCAGUUGACGCCCGCGAACGACUUGCAGUCUUGCUUCACUGUUGAGAGGGACGCAGUUGGAAUUGCGCCCUGCACCUCGGGAAAUGCCGACCAGCUGUUUACGUUUGACGACAAUCCAGGGGCCAAUAGAACCGCAUCAACUGGAAUUAGUGCUCCAACCAGCCAAAUUGGCAUCCAGACAACGUCCGCUUUCAUUUCCACCGCAACUUCACCGGAUCGAGGCCAAGAUCCUACAACAUCUGCGUUAGGAGUCACUUCCUCACCAACAGCGACAAGCACUGGAGAAAAGCCUGACCCCACGCAGGGCACACCUGUUUCUCGCGCCGGUGGCGUUCUGCAGCCUUCAGCGGUAGCUGAGGCGCACCAACGGGACGACACCGCUACGCGCGCCUUCACUUCAGUCAGCAUACAGGCGCAAAACGGCGAGUCGUGUGCAGGAACUCCUAAUGAAAAGUUCGAUGUGAUCACGGCGGGUAAACACAACAAUGCCGAGAACUCUGCCUUGAUCGUUAGUAGCUUGACGAAUGGGUGCAUUAGUUUCGACGGCCGCCGUCCUGCUGGUGAUACGGUGACGGUUUUCUCUUGCGGAGGACGAGCAGCUGGAGAGGGCGAGACUAAUAACGGGCAGCUAUUUCCAUUUAAUGGAGGGACAAGUCUAACCUUUGCGCCGGAGAGUGAGGGCAAUGCGACAUGCAUUGUGCCUGGAAAUGGCCGGCUUACUUCUGCUCCAUGUGCUGUAAAUGAUGGUGCGCAACUUUUUACCGUCUUAUCGUAGGUGUCUACCUAGUAUUUAGGUACUUAAAUAACAGUGACCUCUAGGGCUAAAAGUGGUCAUGGCUUUGCGAACUAAUUUUGUCCCUUACCAGCGUCCUAACUUCUGA